CAUUCUGAACCACCGGACAAUUUUUGGGACCAUCGGCGCCUAUGAAUUCGUUCCCGGGCCGGGUCCUGACCUACUAAUGGCUCCUAACGCUUUCGUCGGUUCCAUCGGAAUCCAAGUCUACCGACCCUGUGGCGGUGGAAUUGCACAUAACUCGCUUUAAUCGCGUCGAUCGAUAGCAAGCUUUGAAGAACCUUAUGUCUCUCAAGAUGUCCUUCUCCGUCUUGGGCCCUGCAGCUGCAGGCUUAGCUGUUGCUCUAUUAGUGGUCUCCCGUAUUCUCGCCUAUCGGAAGUCUAUCACCCCAUACCUCCCGCCCGGUCCAAGAGGAUUACCCAUCAUCGGAAAUGUGUUCGACAUGCCGAACAGCAAGCAGUGGCUCACAUAUGCUGAAUGGAGCCGUCAAUAUGGAGAUAUAUGCUCCGUCAAAAUCUUAGGCCAGCCCUUGGUUAUCCUCAACUCUGCUCGAGCAAUGGAGGAUCUAGACCGAAAGGGUGCCACAUACUCGGACCGCCCCAAACUCGAGAUGGGUGGAGAGCUUGUGGGUUACUCCAAGACGGUUGUGCUGAUGCCGUACGGAGCGGCGCUCAGGAACUACCGCAAACACAUCGGUCGGCUUAUAGGCUCUGCUAGUGCUGUGGGGAAAUACCUUGACAUCGAAGAAGAGGAAACACGCAAGUUUUUACGACGGCUAAGCACUUCUCCAAAUGAGCUCAGUGCGCAGCUUCGAAAACUUUCCGGUUCACUGAUCAUGAAAAUGACCUACGGUAUCGAAGUUCUAGCAAACAACGAUCCCUUCGUCACUCUUGUCGAAGAUGCCAACAAUAACUUCAAUAUCGCGUCAACUCCUGGUAAAUUCCUGGUAGAUGUGUUUCCCGUACUUCGCUUCUUACCAGAAUGGUUCCCUGGCGGAGGGUUCAAGACCUUAGCUCGGGAAUGGUCCAAAGCAUUCAACGACAUGGUCGACGUCCCCUAUAACGUUGCUUGGCAGCAGAUAUUAACCGGAACAGCACCCCGCUCCUUCGUCUCAGCCGCGCUCGAAAACGAGGAAAAAAUAACUUCAGAAUACAUCUACGAAAUCAAGCAUACUGCGGGGUCGCUUUACGGCGCUGGCGCGGAUACCACGGUAUCCGCACAGCAUGGCUUUUUCUUAGCAAUGGUCCUGCAUCCUGAGGUCCAAAAGCUCGCCCAAGCCGAGAUCGACGCCUUUGUAGGACCAGACAGGCUGCCCGGCUAUGCUGACCGCGAGCACCUUCCCUACGUCAACGCUGUGGUGACAGAAUCGCUUCGAUGGCACAACGUAGCGCCACUCGGUGUUCCACAUCGUGCUACAGAAGAUGGCGUCAUCGAUGGAUACUUAAUCCCCAAAGGCGCUAUUAUCAUCGCUAAUCUAUGGAAUAUGUUACACGACCCGGAAGUCUACCCAGACCCGUUCACUUUCAACCCUAGUCGCUAUAUCGGCAAGGAGACACAGAGAGAUCCUCGACACUUCGCUUUUGGUUUUGGGCGUCGUGUCUGUCCCGGGAUGCAUCUCGCGGAUGCAUCAUUGUACAUCUGCAUCGUGAUGUCUCUAGCUGUCUUUGAUAUCACGUAUGCGAUGGAGGACGGAGUCCCGCUGGUUCCUGUGCAUGAGAAUACGAACGGGACUAUAAGUCAUCCCAAGCCCUAUAAAUAUAACGUGAAGCCGCGCUCGGCGAAAGCGUUCUCUUUGAUCUCAGGCCCCUAGUCAGAUUGGUUAUGGAGGUUUUACAGAUUUGCACUAUCAAAGUUCUAGUAGGAUUGUAUAAAAUAUGAUUGGCAUGCUCCUGAGGCCGUGGGAGAUAAGAACUAAGCCGCCGAUGUCGCAAAUGUUACAAGAAUGUA